CCGGGGGUUGGCGCCGGUCGGGUGCUUGAGGGGCGGCGCUCUCCGGUAGUCAGGGUUUCCUGUCUGCUGCGGCGGGACCCGGCAGCGAGGAGCGACACCAGCGGCGUGGAACCGACGAAGGGUGUUGCCAUGGUGAUGGCGGUGGAAAACAGCAUGGUGCAGGUCGUGGUGCGGGUGCGGCCCCCCACCCCGAGGGAAUUGGAGAGUCAGCGGCGGCCUGUGGUUCAGGUGGUGGAUGAACGGGUGCUGGUGUUUGACCCUGAGGAGCCCGAUGGGGGCUUCCUUGGCCUGAAAUGGGGCAGCAUCCAUGAUGGCCCCAAGAAGAAGGGCAAAGACCUGACGUUUGUCUUUGACCGGGUCUUUGGUGAGGCGGCCACCCAACAGGACGUGUUCCAUCACACCACCCACAGCAUCCUGGACAGCUUCCUCCAGGGCUACAACUGCUCAGUGUUUGCCUAUGGGGCCACUGGGGCCGGGAAGACACACACCAUGCUGGGAAGAGAGGGGGACCCCGGCAUCAUGUACCUGACCACCAUGGAACUGUACAGAAGGCUCGAGGCCUGCCGGGAGGAGAAGAGACUCGAGGUGCUCAUCAGCUACCAGGAGGUGUACAAUGAGCAGAUCCACGACCUCCUAGAGCCCAAGGGGCCCCUUGCCAUCCGUGAGGACCCCGACAAGGGGGUGGUGGUGCAAGGACUUUCCUUCCACCAGCCGACCUCAGCUGAGCAGCUGCUGGGGAUGCUGACCAGGGGGAACCGUAACCGCACGCAGCACCCCACUGACGUCAACGCUACGUCCUCCCGCUCCCAUGCCAUCUUCCAGAUCUUCGUGAAGCAGCAGGACCGGAUCCCAGGUCUGACCCAGGCCCUUCGGGUGGCCAAGAUGAGCCUGAUUGACCUGGCUGGCUCGGAGCGGGCGUCCAGCACCCACGCCAAGGGGGAGCGGCUGCGGGAGGGAGCCAGCAUCAACCGUUCGCUGCUGGCCCUCAUCAACGUCCUCAACGCCCUGGCCGACGCAAAGGGCCGCAAGUCUCACGUGCCCUACCGGGACAGCAAGCUGACCCGCCUACUCAAGGACUCCAUCGGGGGCAACUGCCGUACGGUGAUGAUCGCUGCCAUCAGCCCCUCCAGCCUGGCCUACGAGGACACUUACAACACCCUCAAGUAUGCCGACCGGGCCAAGGAGAUCAAACUCUCGCUGAAGAGCAACGUGAUCAGCCUGGACUGUCACAUCAGCCAGUACGCCACCAUCUGCCAGCAGCUCCAGGCUGAGGUGGCCGCGCUGAGGGAGAAGCUCCGAGUGUACGAGGCAGGAGCCCAGGCCCCGCAGCAGGACUCCUCACGGUCCCCCAAAGCGGGCCCUCCACAUCAACCCCUUCCCAGCUGCCCCUCGCCAUCCCGCCUCCCCAGCCAGCCCUGCACCCCAGAGCUACACCCAGGGUCGGCAGUCCUUCAAGAGGAGAGCCUGGGGACAGAGGCCCAGGUGGAGAAGGUCGUGGAAGGGAACUCUUCAGACAGGGAGCAGCCCCCAGAGGACAAGGACGAAGGUCCGGCUGAGGAGGUUCCAAUCCAGGUGCCAGCACAGAACCUCAAACACCCAUUGCCCGGCUCCCCCGACCUGACCCUGCAGCCCAAGCCAGUCGUGGACCACCUCCCACCACAGAACCUGGGCAGGGACCGUUCUAAGCAGUUGGCUCUGAGGGUGCUGUGCCUGGCCCAGCGCCAGUAUUCCCUGCUCCAAGCAGCCAACCUCCUGACCCCUGACAUGAUCGCAGAAUUCGAGAUGCUGCAGCAGCUGGUACAAGAGGAAAACACUGAGCCUGGAGCAGAGGCCACCGGGGAGCCUGGCCCGGCCAGGGGGUCACCUCUGGCUCAGGAGCUACGUUCAGAGUCAAAGUCUCCAGGAUACUCCGGCCCUGUGACCCGGACCAUGGCAAGGCAACUGAGUGGCCUCAUACACGCUCUCGGGGUCCCACCCAGGCCUGACCGCACCUCAGCUCAGGCAUCCCGACGGCCCACAGGGAAGAAAAGGAGGAGACCGAGCCCCUUGGAGCCAGACAGCCCCCCAGGCCCGAAGCCCGGGACCAAACGCCAGCGCCAGUCCCUCUUGCCCUGCCUGAGGAAGGGGACCCCGCCUGAGGCUCGGCUUCCGUGUGGGCCCAUCACCCCCACGGGGGGACGGGCCUCCUCCCCCUGCCAUUCCCCUCACUUCUGCCCAGCCACAGUCAUCAAAAGCCGGGUGCCCCUGGGCCCUUCCGCUCUGCAGAACUGCUCCACCCCUCUGGCCUUGCCUGCACGGGACCUCAACGCCACCUUUGAUCUCUCUGAGGAGACCCCCUCAAAGCUGGGCUUCCACGAAUGCAUUGGCUGGGACAAUGUCCCCCAGGAGUUGAACAGGCUGGAUCAGCCCUUCAUCCCCAGCGGACCCAGGCACCUGUUCACCAUGAAGGGCCCCGAGCCGGCAACUUCCUUCCCUGGGACCUCAGCUCGCAAGAAGAGACGCGUUGUGAGUUCCUCCAUCUCCCGCGGCCACAGCCGCAUCGCCCGCCUCCCCAGCAGCACCUUGAAGAGGCCAGCUGGGCCCCUGGCAAUCCCAGAGCCCCCCUCCAGUCCCCACUCCCCUGGCAACCAGAGGAGCCAGAAGGAACUGUUGGGGGUUGGGGGAGCGCUGUCAGCUGGGAGCUGCUCCGCCAAGGUGUCCUGACCGCCCGGCCCCUCUUGGUCCCUGGAGCCGCCUGCACCAGGAGCCCUGACCUGCCUUCCUCGGCUCGGAGCAAUUAAUGCCAACACCCUCUUCCUUUAUUAACAGUCCUCCCCCAGACGUUCAUUCUGCUACUCGCCCUCCUCAUUAACCUCUUGUUACACUCAGCUUCUCAGCGUGUAUUUAUUCAUUUGUGAGUUUUAACAUAUUGCUAUUUUAAAGGGUGCUGCCAUCAUUCCCCCCUAGUUUAUAACACCCUCCAUGCAGGAAGGUGGCUUUUGGGGGCUUUGCUGCCCACCCGCCAUCUAACACAGGGCUCUGCACAGUGAUGCCCGCUGUGCAGUUGAGGAGGGGUGAGCAUG